CAGCAGGACAUGUUCUUUUGCAUCUAAAUGGCAUUAAACUUCCUCAGACACCCUGUUCGCAGGUUUCCAUUGUGCAGAUCGGGGCUGCGCUGCUGUCGUCAGGUGUGCGCUGAUGAAGGGGACGCAGUGGCAUCUGUUGUUGACGCCUCCUUUAGACUCGCGCCGCGUCGGGCAGGAGGACACACGCCCAGCUGGAAAUAAGUAUUAAGUGUUACGUGCGUUGAGAAUCCUUCUAAUCUCUGAUCUGUUGGAUUACUUCUCUGGUGGACGGGACUUGGCCCCAUCCAUAGUUUUGGCCAUUAUUUUACGCACACUGAAAUCCAUUUUUGCGCGCCCUUAUUUGCGCCUCGGCACCUGCACGAUGGAUUAAACACUCAUUAGUUUUAGCCUAUUUUUUUUUAGUUGUGCUCUCAAAGUAAUUGUGGAUUAUUAAUGGACUCGCAUCAUGCUUAACAAUGAUGAUAUUUUGGUCACUCGGGCGCGCAGCGGUACGUUGGAUUAAGAGCCAGGGACUUUCCACUGCUCUUGGACCAAGCACCUGUUUACUCUCCUGAGACACUCCGACCUGCUUUAGCACUGUUGUCGCGCUGGGAUGGAGAGCGAGCUGAGACCCAGGCUCUGUUUCCUGACCAAAGGUGAGCGCGGUUAUGGCUUUCACCUGCACGGUGAGAGGAACAGAGGCGGACAGUACAUCCGCAAAGUGGAGCCGGGCUCCUCGGCUGAAAUGGCCGGGUUGCGACCAGGGGACCGAGUGGUGGAGGUGAACGGGGAGAAUGUGGAGAAUGAAACCCAUCACCAAGUGGUGAACAGAAUCCGUGAGGUGGCCCACCGCACCAGGCUGCUGGUGGUGGACAAAGUCACAGACGAUUACCUCCACAGCCAUGGCCUGUCCUGCACUGAGGACCUUGCUAUAGAAAUGGGAACCCUCUCCCCGCGCCCUUCGCCCGGACCCACUCCCUCAACUUCUCCCUUGCCCACAGGGAAUUCACCCCUGUCUCCAAAAACUCACCACACACACACAUUUCACCCAACUGCUGCAGACUUGACUACGAACACGAUCCAACGAGGCAAAGUCAGGACAACCUCAGUGACAUCAAGUACAGCAACAGACACAGAGCUGCAGGUGCAGCCCUCACCAGAGCAGACGGUUGAGCGGCUUCCUCGUCUGUGUCAUAUGGUGAAGGGGGAGCACGGCUACGGCUUCAACCUCCACAGUGAUAAGACAAAGAGGGGACAGUUUGUGCGUUCAGUGGACCCUGGCUCAGCUGCUGAGGGUGCAGACAUCAGGUCUGGAGACAGACUAGUGGAGGUGAAUGGAGUGAGCAUAGAUGGCCUAAGGCACUCAGAGGUUGUUGCUCUCAUUAGAGCAGGAGGGCAAGAAGUGCGCCUCCUAGUGGUUGACCUGGAGACAGACGAGCUCUUACACAGACUAGGAAUCACACCCACUACCAGACAUGAAAGAGAGGUUUAUGUGAAUGAAUCAACCACAGACAGCAUCCAACCUACGCCCUCUCCGACCACCGACAUCCCCGCCGCAGAUCCACCGAUCAUUAACGUGACGCUCACAGAUGCCCCAAUCACGAGUUCAUCUCCGAAACCCCGAACCAAUGGGAGCUCUGCAUCUCAGUCAUCAAGAAGUUCCACCACCCAAUCAGAGAUCAGCAGCUCAGACAUGAGCAUCCAGGUCCCAGAUGAGGAUGACAGGCGGGUUUCGGAUCCUUUCAUGGACAGUGGCCUGCGUUUGAGUCCCACAGCUGCCGAAGCUAAACAAAAGGCCCUUGCCAGCCGAAACAAAAAGAGAGCACCUCCUAUGGACUGGAGCAAAAGACAAGAGAUCUUCAGUAACUUCUGAUCCUGGAUUAUUGAGUUAUAGUGCAGUACUACAAGUAGCCAUUGGAGGCACUAGUGCUUUACUGAGUAUUUCCAAUUUAUGCAACUUAUUUCAUGGAGUAAUCGUUUUCUUUCACUCAACUACCUUUGUCCAGCAACCAUUGUCAUCACUCAGUAACUUUUCAAAUUACAGAAUGUGAUCAUAAACUGUGACGCAAUAGCUUAUAAAGAAGUUUAAAUUAGUCGUCUCCUCUCUGUAAAACUUAGUUUUGAGGUAUCCAAUUUUAUUUAGAUGCGUUUUUUUACAACACCUAAAGGAUAAAGAUGAUCUGUUGACGUGAUAGACACCUUACAAUAAAGCCAUUUAUGACUGACAUGUACUAAAUAUCUCAUCCGUGCAAUUCGUGCCUGGUCAGUACACAGUGUUUCUUUUAUUUAAAUCAAGGUCAUUUCAGAGGCGUGAUUUGUUUUUAUGAGACUAUGAACUCAUUUUUAAUUUGGUCUCUAUGUGCUGUAGAUAUGCUUUUCUGUAGUAACUUUGGUGACUCGUUUUGUUCAUAGUUUCAUGUCUUUUCAAUGAUAUCAUCUGGAGUCAUGGAGUAGUUGUCUUUAUAUUAACUACUAAAGUAGCUAACACUGUACAAUGUACAGGAGGAAUGGGAGAGGAUGAACAAUGAAAUGUAUGAUGUUGUGUUUCUCUUUAAUGACAGAGUGAUUUCUGUACAGAAAAAUGUGUCAAAGACAGAUGGGUGACUGGUAGACAAAAACACUGGACCAUAAGAUCUGUGAGCUUUUUUUUUGGAAAUAUCUGUCAAAU